AUGUUAAAAGAUUGCAUAGAAUUUGCAAAAGGAUGUCAAGAGUGUCAGAUGCAUGGGGGCAUCCAACACGUCCCUGCAAGCGAAUUGCAUACUAUUGUGAAGCCUUGGCCAUUCAGAGGAUGGGCUUUAGACGUAAUUGGGGAAAUAAAACCAGCUUCAUCGAAACAGCAGAGGUACAUUUUGGUCGGUAUCGACUACUUUACAAAGUGGGUCGAAGUUGUAGCUUUGAGAAACGUCGAUCAAGAAGUCGUGAUAGGUUUCAUACAAGAUCACAUUAUAUGUCGAUUUGGAAUACCAGAGACUAUCACAACCGACCAAGGAACAGUGUUCACUGGGAAGAAAAUGCAAGAGUUUGCCCAGGAGGUUGGCAUAAAGUUAUUGACGUCGACACCGUACUACGCCCAGGCGAAUGGUCAAGUCGAAGCUGCCAACAAGGUGAUAAUCAGCCUGAUAAAAAAGCAUGUAGGGAAAAAGCCAAAAAUUUGGCAUCAGUCUUUAAGUCAAGCCCUGUGGGCAUGUCAAACAUCUCCCAAAGAGGCGACUGGCACUACACCAUUUAGAUUGACAUAUGGACAUGACGCCAUGUUACCAGUUGAAGUAUACGCUCAAUCGGUAAGGAUACAAAGACAGCAUGAGAUACCAUCCGAAGACUAUUGGAGUAUGAUGACAGAUGAGCUCUUCGAUUUAGAUGAAGAAAGAAUGCUGGCUCUAGAUUCGUUGAGAAGACGAAAAGAAAAAGUAGCCAGAGCUUACAACAAGAAAGUAAGAAAUAAGGUGUUUGCUAUUAACGAUUUGGUUUGGAAAGUAAUAUUGCCUAUGGACAGAAACGACAGGUUCCUAGGGAAAUGGUCACCAAACUGGGAGGGACCGUUUAAGGUAAUCCAAGUUUUUACCAACAACGCUUAUGAGUUAGAGGAGUUAGCUCCAGAUCGACGGGUCAUAUGGGUAAAUGGUAAAUACUUAAAGGGAUACAAACCUACUCUUCAGGAGCUCACUAUUACGACAAUGUAUAUUAAAAAUUGA